UGGCCUCCUUUUUACCCCUCCUGGAGCAUUGUAAAAAGGAGGUUAAUGCAAGUUCCAAGUAUACCAUAUUUACAAGAACCUUUUUUUCUUUUUUGCUCUGAGACUCUUUGAAGACAUCACUCAUCUAGGCAGGUUCAGUCAGGUACAGCAGGAGCUUAAGCAGCAACAGGAAGAGAGCUCAGAGCAUGCACACAUUUUAGCUUUAUGGCCCCUGAAACUGACAUGCAAAUGCCCUCCAGCUACAGCUGAAUCUGCUAAUAUUAUGUAUACUUAAGGUUAAAAUGAAACAUUAGAAUAAUUGUUGGCUGGGUUAGGGUUAAUUAAUUAUAAUUAAAGACAUUAUAUAUACAUAAAAUACUCUGCAAUGUUUGAAUUCUGCAGCCUGGCAGAUUAAAUGAAAGCGAUUGUCUCACACUUUUAAAAAAGUAGAAAGAACAUUUUCUUGUAUCAAGUACUUGAUCUUAGCAAUAACGUACACAUUCACUGAGCCAAUGUUGUAUCUACACUGUUGCAAUAUUCUGAACUUCCAGACAGAAAGGGAGCACAUUCCUGUGUGACUAAAGCACACCACCAAUUACAAGAAGCAGUACUUGUUCCACAAAUACUACACCACAGACCUGAUGAUAAACUAAUGCCGAUUGCUGUUCAGGAUUUCAAGAGGAAAAAUGGUGCAGUAUAAAGUGACCGUAUUCACUGGUGAUCGCCUUAAUUCCACUACUCUUAACAAUGUCUACAUUAAGCUGGUGGGCACAGAUGGGGAGAGUGAUCGCACGUGGCUCAUGGGCUUGAAAGGGGCUUCAUCCUUCGUCAGAGGAGCCGUAUCAAAGUUUAAGGUGUCCUGCUCCACUUCCCUUGGAAAUCUUCUACUAAUAGAGUUAGACAAACAGUCUCUCCCACUGUUCCCAGAGGAUGAUUGGUUUUGUGCCAAGGUGGAAGUGAAAUCCCCUGAAGGAGACAUCUACAAUUUUCCCAUCUACCGCUGGAUUGCUGAUAGCAAGGUGCACCGCUUUAAAGAUGGAAAAGCUCUGAAAGUCUUUGAAGACAACCAUCAUCUUGGCAGGUACAGUCGGCAGCAGGAGAUUCAGCAGCGAGAGGAAGACUAUCGCUGGGAUACAUAUGCAGAGGGAAUACCUCACUCCUUGAAGGCACAAAACCCAAUUUUUCUGCCAUCUGAGGUUCAGUUCUCCUUCACCAAAACUACAGAGUUUCUCUACACUGCUUCCACAGGACUGACUGAGCUGAAGCUGAAGGGACUGGAUAACUGUAAGGAGAAGUGGGAUAAUAUUGACGGCAUCGAUCGAGUGUUUUGCUGCAAAAAGACUGACAUAUCAGAAUAUGCUCAGGAACACUGGAAAGAGGAUGCUUUCUUUGGCUACCAGUUUCUAAAUGGUGUCAACCCCAUUUUGAUCCAGUGUUGUACAACCCUGCCCAGUAACUUCCCUGUCACUGAUGACAUGGUCUUUCCCCGCAGUCGUUGCAGCCUUGCAGAUGAAAUGAAGAAAGGGAACAUAUUCCUGUGUGACUACAAACUUCUGGAUGGGGUGAAAGCAAACACCAUCAAUGGGAAGAAGCAGUACUUGAUGGCUCCUCUCGUCCUGCUCCACAAAUCUCCUGACAAUAAACUAAUGCCGAUUGCUAUUCAGCUGAAGCAGACUCCAUCAGAUGACAAUCCAAUCUUUCUUCCUACUGAUUCUGAGUACGACUGGUUGAUCGCCAAGAUUUUUGUGAGAAGUGCAGAUUUCAAUCACCAUCAGCUCAAUGCUCACCUACUGCGCACACAUUUGCUGGCUGAGGUUUUUGCAGUGUCACUGCUGCGCAACCUGCCCAUGGUGCAUCCUCUGUACAAGCUCCUCAAACCUCACACACGCUACACUCUGCAGAUCAACUUCUUAGCUCGACGCCUUCUAAUUUCUGAGAUUGGUGCUUUCACUCAGUUUGCAGCAUCAGGUGGAGAGGGCAUGUUUACAAUCCUGAAGAGGUCAGUGUCCUCAAUGACCUACAGCUCCCUCUGUAUAACAGAUGACAUUGCUGAACGUGGCCUAGAAGCUGUGCCAAACUUCUACUACAGAGAUGAUGGACUAAAGGUUUGGGAUAUCAUCCACAGGUUUGUGCAGGGAAUGCUCGGCUACUACUACAAGAGUGACAGUGAGGUCCAGGAGGACUCUGAACUUCAGAAGUGGAUUAUGGACAUUUUUGAACAUGGAUUCUUUUCUCAAGCAGAAACAGGAAUUCCUCAGACAUUUACUUGUGUGACUGAGUUGGUCAAGUUUGUCACCAUGGUGAUCUUCACUUGCUCAGCCCAGCAUGCAGCCGUGAACUCUGGACAGUAUGACUAUGGUGGCUGGAUGCCCAACACUCCCAUCUCCCUGCAACUCCCGCCACCGACCACAAAGGGGACGACAAGCGAGGCCACGAUGUUGGCCACCUUCCCUGACGUCAAUGUAACAGUUCAGGGCAUGGCCACCAUGUGGCUACUCAGCAAGCAGUCCAGUGACUUUGUCCCUCUUGGCCAGUACCCGGAGGAGCAUUUCACUGAGGAGAUUCCUCGCAAAAUACUCAAGGAUUUUCAGAUGGAGCUUGAAGAUUUAAGUUUAGUUAUCAAAGGCAGAAACAAGCGUUUAGAAGUGCCAUACACCUACAUGGAUCCGGCAGAGUUAGAAAACAGUGUGGCCAUUUGAAUAUUAGAAGACUCAGCUGUGAGACAAAAUUCAGCUCCCUCUUCAAACAACAGCAGGGAAAGACCUCUAAUUUCUGACUUUUACUGAUGAAAUAGAACAAAGAACUUACUGCUUAUAAUCACUAUAUAUACUAAACUGUAAAUUUUAUUCAUCUGUGUUAAAAUGUAAAUUUAAUUUUUGAUUACAAUCUUGAAUCAUCUUCUGAUUUUCAUCAUAGUUUGCUAUCCUAUCAAUAAAGAAGCGUCAAAGAAAAAUGUUAGAUUUUUUGGGUGUCUCUUCUGAGACAGUUGAUCUCUCGAUCAUGAUGUAUUUUUUUCUUAGAAAACAUUUACUGCAUUUCAUUGUUUAUAUUUUCAUUAUUUUAAUGUUUGAAUUUUCUUGAGCUAAACACAAACAGCUUUUUGGUGAGUUAGACAACAUGAACGCCCUCAUCUUAGUCUGAGGCUGCUAUUUCAUGUCAGCCACUAAUGUGCACUUGUGUUUUGCAGAAAUCUUUUGUGAUUUUAGUUUCUCAUCAUGCUCUAAAUUAUCAGUUCUCUAAAGCCUAAUUUAAUGCAUGGCACAGAUUAAACACACAUGACUCACAGACAUUAACAAGAUGGGUCUGCAUUAUCCACUUUAGCCCACUUAUACUGUUGAAAUGUGUAGCAUAUUUAUUUAACACUGCGAAAUAGAGUGAUGUUUACAUAGGCCACUGUAUUUUCUAUAGAUACCAUAUCAAUGGCAAAAAUGUGAAUAUAUUUAAUUCAGUUCAAUUUAUAUAGCACCAAAUCCCAACAACAGUCACCUCAAUUCAAUUAUAUCAAUUUACUUUACACUCACUGGGCACAUUAAUAGGUACACCUUGCUAGUACAAGGCUAGAACAAGGUGUUGGAAAUAUUCUUCAGUUGCUGCAGAUUUGUCAGCUACAUAUCCAUGAUGUGAAUCAAAGCUUAUCUACUGGGUUGAGAUCUGAUGACUGUGACCAUUUAAGUACAGCUCAUUGUCAUCUCAAGAAACCUGUUUGAGAUGAACUGAGUUUUGUGAUAUGAAACAUUAUCCUACUGGAAGCAGCCAUCAGAAGAUGGGUACACUGUGAUAAUUAAGGGCUUGACAUGGUCUGCAACAAUACUCAGGUAGGUCGCUGUCUUUAAACAAGGCUCAAUUGGUACCAAGGACCAGACCAACGUCUGACAAGAAAAUAUCCUCCCAUACCAUUAUAGUCACUGACACAAAGAUGGAUGGAUCUAUGCUUUUAUGUUGUUUGCACCAUCUAAAUACUGGAGCAGAGAAACCAGAACCAGGCAGUGUUUUUCCAAUCUCCUAUUGUCCAGUUGAGUGAGCUCAUGUCAAAUAUAGCCCCAUUUUCCUACCUUGACAGGAAUGGCACCUGGUGUGCAUCUGCUUCAAGAUUAGACAUGACUCAUUACAAGUGUUGUUUGUAAUGAGUCCUAACUUGAAUUAUUUGUAGUAGUCUGGCAUUUUCCCUCUGAUUUCCAAUACUCUGCCUGGCACCAACAACCAUGCCAAGUCUAAAGUUUAAAUCAGCUUUCUUCCCCUUUCUGAUGCUUGGUUUGAAGUUCAGGUUGCAGGUUGCUUUUGAGUUGUUGCCAAAUGUUGCUGGGUUUUUGUUUUUUUUUUAAAAAUAUUUAUGUUAAAGAGAAGCUGAACAGUUGCACACAACAAAGUGGCUGGUCAGUGUAUACAGUAGUUUACCUACAUGGGUUAUGUUAUCCUUAUAAAGGAUAUAGGGGGAAAGCAGUUAUAAUAACAAAAUGUUUAAAAAAAAUAAGAAUCUUGGGACUAAAUUCUUAAUUUCUUGUUUUGUUCUUAAAAAUCUGUUAUAUCUUUUCUCAGAAUAAGGUUUUUGAAUUUAUUAUGUAAUUGUAUUUAUUAUGUAAUUAAUACAUUUAUUCAUUUAAUAAUGAAUAAAGGUAAUCAUUAAUCAAUGCAUAAAUGAAUAGAUGCCCUCUGAGUUCUGUGUAAUAUAUGCAAGAUCUGUUUUGCUAGGAGACAAAAAUUGCUCUGUUCACUUGUGUUCUGUGCAGCAAAAUCUAAACCUGAAGCACCACUUUGGGGGGAAGGAAAUUGUCUUCAUUCUAACAGAAGAGUAUUUGCAAUUUGUAACUGUGCUGAAGUUUCAACAGUCUGUGGAUCUGUUCACAUACAGACUCAGGACAGCGGGUUUGUGUACUUGAACGUGACUAUUACCGUGUAUUGUACUGUUUGUUCAGCACCUCAGCAUGCACAGUAUUUAGAAUCUGAAUAACUCAGAAGCAUAACAUUUCAAUGGCUGUCACUAUUAUAGAUUUUGCUGUCUAUGUUGGGCACAGACCGGUAGUGGUGUUGCUCUUGCAAAAAAGAGAGAUAUUUUUAUGAUACCAGUUUUAUUGCUUUUCGAGGUUGACGCUGACCAUGUAGUCAUAAUACUCCUGAACUCAACUAAUCUCUCACCUAAUCACACAUUUAGUGCUGAAUGAACUUAAUUUGUCCUUGACUGUUUGCAGGCCUCCUCAACUUCUAAGUGGAUUUUAAUUCUCAUUUGUUUUUGCAAUCCAGCCUACGAGUGACAAAAUGUGUUACUUUCUGCCCUUCACACAUUGGUAAAUGACUGGACUGGUUCUUACAUGGCACUUUGUUACUCAACUUGAGCACUCAUAGCACUUUACAGCAUACCUCAUUCAUCUAGUCACUCAGAUUCAUACAAGCACUUUCUUUCUGUGCCUACGUAAAUGGUAAGUGGUAAAUGGACUGAUUCUUAUAUAGUGCUUUUCUACUCAAAGCACUCAAAGCGCUUUACACAGCAUUCACCCAAUCACACAAGCACUUUCUUCUGUGCUUUUAAGUUCUCACUAACUAACUACUACUCAUUCAUACUCCUGGAUGCAUCAGAGAGCAACUUAGGGUUAGUAUCUUGCCCAACAUGCAGACUGGGGGAGCCAGAUCCUGCUCUACCUCCUGAGCUACAGGCACCCUAAGUGGUUUCUAGCUAGCAUUCACACACCUUCACACUCUGAUGAAUGCAUUAAAAAGCAACUUAUUGUUCAGUAUCUUACCCAAGAAUACUGGCUGCUCUGGCUCCUGAGCUACAGUUAACCUACUACAUUCCUGACGUUGUGAUCCAUAGUUUAGUUUAGGUAAACUAAACUUUAUUUUAGGUAAACUUUAUUUUAGGUAAACUAGUUUAGUUUUUUUCUGCAACUAAUGGAAGCUAUUUUGACAAGUUAUUAUUCUGUUGUACAGUGUAAUAAACACUUCAUUGGCACAUUUAGAAUAUUAGAAGAUUAUAUUUUGCAUAAAUGACCAUCUGAUAUUUUAGUGUACAAAAGUAACUUUGCUCACUUCAGCAAAGCACAACAGAGAACUACGCUGAUCAUUAUACACUCCACUUUUGUGCUCUUCUUGAAAUAAAUUAGCCAAACUGGCAUUUAUAAACUCAGCAGGGAUAGCACUUCGGGCAAAAUCCCAAAUUAGAAAAGAUGCCCCCCUUCCAAAUGUUGAAAACUGAAAUAUAAUAUUUCUUGUUAACUAAGGAGACAAUCCUGCCUUUUUUUCCCUCCUUUUUUUUAAAGGGAGCAUCAGAAUUCUGUUAUGAUGUUGGAAGGAUUCAGAGUGUAGUGUAUCUAUACAAAUAUACAUUAAACCCUUUAAUGGUCGACAUAAUCACCACAUUGUUAUAGUUCGAAAAAACGGUGGCUUCGUGACUCUUAUGCUUUGCAUUAUAAUCAUUGUGUGCUUUCAUCUUAAGGCAAAUAUUAAAUAUAAAUGUGCUGACAAUUAAACAUGAGACAAAAUCAAUGAAAAGUUUUAAUUAGGAGAUUUUAAUAUGAGCUGUUUAGAUUUGUGGAUUUAAUGUCAGAGACAUAAAACUCUAACCAGUUCUACACAUCAGAAAUCUCUAAGACCGUUGAAUCAUGCAGGUCAUGAAAUGACUUUAUACGUCAUACUUUAAAGCGAGUCUGCUCUUGCUAUUGAUUUGAUCGUAAUUUCUAACCUUUUACUGGAAUUGAGAGAACAGCAGUUCCGGGAUUACGAGUCACUUCAUACCUGUUCUGCAUGACUAGCAGAGGCAGAGGUUUUGUAAUCCUGUUCUCACACUUAGUUUCACCUUCUAAAACACAAAUUCAGUGAAAGCCACAAUCAAACAAACACCUUUUUACUCUAACCUUACACUGUAGCAGGAAGUGGUACCCGAAUCCGUGCAUUUUUACUCCCUUGGCCUAAUGUUUAGGUUGUCUCAGGGUGGUUGUUGAACCAAUUUAGCAUUGUUACUGCACUGAAGUGCCUUUUAACAGAGUAUGUGCCAAUAGUUACAGCAGAAAACUAGAGUGAUAAAUAUUAGUAGGUAAGUUUUGGCUUUUACCUGAGGAUUAUGCAUGUGCAGACACAUUUAAAAUCCUUUUUCUCUUUAACUCUACUGAUAUUUAACACACAAACUAUUGUGCUGCACAUAUUACACCAAAGUGAGUGUUGACUGAUGAUUGUGCAAACAUAUUUUUUCUCAUGUAAGGAAAUUCCCCCCUUCAUUCCGGUUUGCUGCACAUGAAUACAUUUUCCACUUUUGUAUCCCCCAUGGAUGGAUCAACAACUUGAAGCCCACCAAACUCCUGAAAUCAGUGAACAAACAUCACCACAGCAUUUAGACUUUUUUACAUAAUAUAAUUAUUAACGGAGGCUAAACAACUUAACUGUAUCUACCACUACCCACUUUGAUUUCAUGACCAUGCUUACAGAGCCAUUGUUUGUUUAUUAUUCUGGCUCAUUAACAAAAAUAACUGAUUUUUAUUUUUCCGUAAACAGUCCAACAAGGACACGAUUCUAUGUAGAGGCACAUUACACUGGUGGUGCCCUAAACCAGCCUUUGAAAAUUUGUAGAACAGUGCUAUUGUAUAUACUGUAGUAGUUUACACUGAACAUUUAGGUGCCUGUGAACAGUGACCUGAAAAUCAUUCAAGCAUAAAAAGUCACGUAACUCAAAGAAUGAACCAGUGUUGUAUCUGCACUGUGGCGCGCGUGGUCGGCAGUGCUGCAGCAGGGAAGGCGGACGCAUCUGCGCUGCAUCACAGUCACGCCUCGCCAGCUUAAAAUCUGUGCUCUGCCUGCUGUUUGUUGUUGUUGUAGAAGUGUUCAGCUGCAAGCUGUGUAUGUAACGUGACAGCAACCGGUAAAUAAAAGAAUGAGGAUCCUGGAAAGCAUGUUCAUGUCGUCGGGUCAGCCGUGGUCAUUUACAUACACACAACUUAGCAAAGAGGGUAUUUUAAUUUUUAACUGUUUCUUUGCAUUUUAUUACUUGUAGCCUCUUGUAAAACAUAAUUUAUUCCAAUAUCUUUCACUGAAUUUAUAGAAAAUGCCUUAGCUCUAAGCCAAAAACCUGGCAUAUGGUAUGCAGUGCAUCCUCCAAAAAAUUGAGGUAAUUGAACAAGUGGAAGACAAAAGAACGUAGCAGGCCUAAGAAACUAUCUACAGCAGAUCAACAUCUGAAAGUCAUCUUUGUAUAACAUAUAUAAAUAAAUUCAACAAAGACCUGACAACGGACCUGAAACAUGCAUCUGGCCCUUCAGCUGAUCCACCUUAUCAAAACUUCAUCAUAAAUGGUCUCUGUCACGGCCUGGGGGAUCAGCAGGAUGCUGAUUGGCCAUUUCUACCUUUUCACGCCCUCGGCCCACGCCCACGGAAGGGCAUGAUGCCCAUCAAGGCGAUCGGAAUAUAAGCCAGGAGGAGUCUGCUGGUCUUCGCUGGAUCGUUGUCUACCGCGCGUCAGAUAGAGUCAAAGCUACAGCUCAGUUAAGAGUCUAUUGUGAACGCUGUAAUUAAUUCUCCUUUCCUCGUCUACAGACCUCCUGAAUACCUUCCCUGUGUGAAUCAUUGUGUGGAGUGUGGAGAGUGGAACUGCGGUCGUGAGUGUGGAGAAUUCUUGUGUACAGCUGAUUCUGCAGUCCUGCGCUUGAGUCCCCACGUUGAACCAUAACAGUCUCAGUGAAUGUUUUACUGUCAAGUCAUUCUUAAGGAAGCAAAACAGGGAGAAAAGGCUGAGGUAGAACAUCAGUGAAAACAGGUCACAUGUAGAGAUGAAUCCAAAUUGAAAAUUCAAUUUGAAAAAAUUAUGGUUCAAAGAGGUCAGGAGAGGUACAGCAGUGAAUGUUACAGCCAUCUGUAAAACACAAUGAGGGCUCUGUCAUAUUUAUCCCUGAAGGCUACUUGAAAGAAAUUACAGGGAAGCCUAUCAAGGGUCAUACCAAAUAUUGACUUUAAGGUUUGUUAAAAUUCUACAAAACUUUUUUGGUAUGUGUAUUUAGCAAAUAGUUGCAUACUUCUACAUUUCACAGUGGCUGCGAUAUCUCUUGAAUAAAAUAAAGCUUCGUUAUUUCAUCAUGAGC